CUGGGACAACUUUUGCGUUUAUUUCUACCAUGUCACUGUUAGAUCAGCUGAAAUGCACACGAGAUAAGCUGAAGCCCACUACCACCAGGGUACUUCACGAAGAUGGUCAAGAGUCCAUUGAGGAGAGAAAUUCAAACGGAGAGUUUGUCAGUGAAGAAGGAGACCACAAAGAAAUUUCAGCUGUCUCAAAUCGUCGAAAAAAGAAGGUGGAACGGGCGCGUAGACUGGGAUUUGUUGUCGACCUCCAGCCGGAUCUUCAGCUUGCUCUCAUAUGCCCCGGCGUUUAUCUUGGUAGUCAGGACGUCGCAGCAGAUUUGAGUACUCUUGACGCAGAGAAAAUUACCCACAUUGUGAAUUGUGCCACAGGAGUUCCUAACUACUUUCCGAAAAGAUUCAAAUAUCUGCAACUCGAAGUACUUGAUCUUCCCAGCACUGAUAUCGUUCCUAGCUGUCAGAUAGUACACGACUUCAUUAAGGACUGUGUUGGAAAUGGUGGAAAGGUUUUGGUACACUGCAAUGCUGGAGUAUCUCGUGCACCUACCUUUGUUAUCUCUUACUUGAUGUUGCAGUAUAAUCUUUCGUUACAUGACGCUAUUGCAACAGUCAGGAAUGUUAGACCAAAGGUACGACCAAAUGAUGGUUUUUUGAAGCAGUUGGAAGAUCUUGACCGUAUGAACAAAGCACACAUCAGUGACGUGCAUUAAAGGCAGAGUCCAGGUAGAUUUGGAGCACCCCUCAACAGAUUACUGAAGCGGACCCUGCCUGCAGACCAUGGCCCGGCUGCAACUGCAAAAUAUUGCUUCUGAAGCGAGAAAACAGCUUUAAGGCAGUGCCCGGG